AUGCUGGCGGGUGAACUCCGUUUGGCCAGCUUGCGAUACACCUCUCCGGCGUCCAUCAAGGCGUUCCUGCGGGUGUGCGAGGAUCAUGCGUCACAACGGAUGUUGCCGAAAAUCCCCGCGAACGGAAGGAUGCCGAUGGUUAUGAUCACCACGUGGACAAGUUUCGAUUUCGCAUGCCUCGACUUUUCUGGAGCUGCAUGCGAUCAGAGCAAACCGGUCAGAGCUCUCUUCGUGCACCCCCUUGUUCGGAGCCUGCGACAGGGAGUGUGGCCGUCUGCAUAUACGCUGAAAGGUGCACAGAAGGGUGGGUAUUGGCUGCGAGCCUGGAAUACUCCGUCGGGAUGGGAGAGGUUCAGUCAAAUGGUGAAUGCUGAUACUCUAUAA